CACCGGGGCGCGCGAGCAUGCAGUCGUUGGGAACGCGUGCACAGCAGCCGCGCCGCCACGAGCCUCGCCGCGCCGACACGCGAAGUCCGACACGCGCCUUCCUCGCGGGCCGCUUCUGCGCAACCCCGCGCUCCGCGUCCGCGUCCGCGUCCCCCUCGUGAGCGCCCUCCCCCGCAGGCGCGCCGGCCCGACAUGUGUGCGCGGCCGCCGCGGAUGACGCCCCUGCCCUGGCGCGCGCCGUAGUGCAGCCCCGGCGGGAGCCCUCGGGGCCCCACCCCGGGUGGCACGAUUGAGCGAGGACUAGCCACAGGCCCAGCCCAAGCCCCAGUGGAGCCUCGGCGGGAGCCCUCGGGGGCCCCACCCUGGGCGACACGAUUGAGCGAGGCCUAGCCCUAGGCCCAGCUCCAGGACCUGGCCCUGGACCCAAGCGGGUACGAUGGCACCCGAGCACCGAGUCCGAGUGGUCCGACUCCGACGGACAGGAGCACGCUGACCACAGUGCCGCGGCCGCUCUGUGGGACCGCCAGACGGACCGGCCGCCGGGCCGCAGCCGCACCUCCGGGGCCCACAUGGACGGGGUCCAGGCCGUCCAGGGGACGUCCUUGGAGCAGCCGGAGCUGGACGAUGAUGACGACGUGGACGUGGUGGGGCCGCCGCCGCCGCCUCCUCCCCCACCAGCCUCGCGCGUCCGCCGCCUGAGCACCUGCCUGCGCAGCUUCUUCACGCAUCUCUUUUCCAACGUGGGGCUUCUCACUCUUGUGGGCGGCUACGUGCUACUCGGCGCGCUGCUUUUUGAGGCCCUGGAGGGGGGCUACGAGAUGAACCAGCGCGGGAGCAUGAAGGAGCACCGCGACGACUGCCUCAAGGAGCUGUGGGCGCUUACAGAGCGGUUCAACGUACUGUACCAAGAGAACUGGACGCAGCAAGCCCAGGAGCAGCUGCGCCGCUUCGAGACGCGCGUCGUGGAGGCCACCAAGGUGGAAGGCUACGACGGCAAGGACCCGCAGGACCAGGACCGCCAGUGGUCCUUCAGCGGAGCCCUGCUCUACUCUGUCACCGUCAUCACCACCAUAGGGUACGGCAACCUGGCGCCGCGCACGGCCGAGGGCAAGGUGGUGACGAUGCUGUACGCGCUGGUGGGCGUGCCGCUGAUGCUGCUGUGCCUCUCCAACCUGGGCUCCUUCCUGGCCGACACCUUCCAGUUCGCCUACAGCCACGCCUGCUGCAAGCCGUGCCGCGGCGGUGGAGGCAGCAGCAGCAGCGGCAGCACUAAGAAGCAGAUGCUGCAGCAGCAGGAGAUGCAGCAGCAGCAGAUGGUGGGCUACAGCGGGGGCAGCGUGUCGCUGGGGCCGCCGGGCUCCAUCGCCUGCCCGCCGCCGCACUGCCCGCCGCACGGCCUGCCGCCCCCGGGAGCUGCCGCCUCCACGCUGCCGCGCGUCAAGGCCUGCAGGGACCGCCCCUGCGCCGGGAGCUUCGGGUAUUUCAGCGGCCCGGUGGACUGGAACCUGGUGGGCGAGCAGCCGGGCUUCUUCCAGGACCGCGAGCGCGAGCAACAGCUGCACAACACGGUGGUGAAGCAGGCCGACAACAAGGUGGUCACCAGGCUGCACCACCCGCCGCACAUCACCCCGGACGUGCACAGGCUGCUGACGGAGUGCAUCGAGUACCAGGUGAUGCACGAGGAGCCCGGGGCCGCCGCCGCGCUGCGGGAGCUGCAGAGCAACCCGCCGGCAGGCCCGGCGCCGUGCUCGGCCUGCGCGGCCUGCGCCGCCUGCUCCAACUGCCCCGCGCAGCACCACGACGGCGGCGGCGGCGCGGGCCUGGCCGCCCUGGAGGAGGAGCCCGAGGACGACGACGAGGACGACGAGGAUCACCAUCACGGCGACCGGAGGUGA